GUUGGUACGAACGGGGUUCCCUUUUCAGUUUCCAGAUACCAAAAUUCCACGGUGAGAGCGGCGCAUUAACCUCGUCCUUCUUUGAUCCAGGCUCCAACGACAGGAGAUUUUUUGCUAUUCGAACCGCUUCAGUUUGGAUCUUGAUUACUUUCUGUCGCCCUUGUAAGCUUCGAUCAGAAUUUCGCGGUGAAGAAGAAACACAAAACUAAACUGUCCAAAUAGGUAGUAGAUACUUUGAUGGCUGGGCUGGUUAAUGUGCGUAUAAACCCUGUUUGCCCAUCCCACUAUCUGAGGCGCUCUCCUCUUCCUACAGUGAUCUUUUCACCAUCGAUAUCUGCAAGGUUACCAGAAAUCUCACUUAGCCUCUCUUCCAGUAUUAUGAGAGGCAUCAGACCUCUCACUCUGGCAGCAGCCUCAUUGGAGCCGGCAAAGACUAUAUCUGGCACCCACUUUGACAACACUCAACCUUCAAAAGAGGUGCUUGAUAUUUGGCGUAGUGCUGAUGCGGUGUGCUUCGAUGUGGAUAGCACUGUAUGCUUGGAUGAGGGUAUCGAUGAACUUGCCGAUUUCUGUGGCGCUGGAAAAGCUGUAGCUGAGUGGACAACUAAGGCAAUGACUGGUUCAGUUCCUUUUGAAGAGGCUCUAGCUGCCAGACUUUCUUUAUUCAACCCUUCACUGUCCCAAGUUCAAGAUUGUCUAGAGAAGAGACCCCCAAGGAUUUCUCCCGGCAUUGCUGACUUGAUUAAGAAACUGAAGGCUAAAAACACUGAUGUGUUCCUGGUAUCUGGAGGCUUUCGCCAAAUGAUCAAUCCUGUUGCCAUGCAGCUUGGAAUUCCUUCUGAAAACAUUUUUGCAAAUCAAUUGCUGUUUGGGAACUCUGGGGAGUUCCUCGGGUUUGACACCACAGAGCCUACUUCUAGGAGUGGUGGGAAAGCUACAGCAGUGCAACAGAUAAGAAAGGACCAUGAUUACAAGAAAUUAGUCAUGAUUGGAGAUGGUGCAACUGAUCUUGAGGCUAGGAAACCAGGAGGGGCUGACCUGUUUAUCUGUUAUGCGGGGGUCCAGAUGCGAGCAGCAGUUGCAACAAAGGCAGAUUGGUUGGUCUUCAGUUUCCAAGAACUAUUGACCUCCUUGUGAUAGCCCAAGUUCUUUAUCUCAAUGCGAUUCAUUUUGUUCUGAUUUUCUUAUAUUUCCUUGGGCUGUUCUACAAGUACAAAUAAUUUAUUUAUAUUUUUUGAAACAUUAGCCAUAUGCUUCAUUACAAGGAAGAUAUGCUGCAAGGGUUUUUAUGUAUUCAAGUUAUGUAUUCAAGUUCCGAUACGAACAUGUAUCAUGUUCUCUUUUAUUUGGUUUUAUAAACUUUUGUGUGUUCGGAUUUAUAUCUUCAGUGUAUGACGUAACGAUA